AUGUUUCAUGGCCAUGUACCUCUAAUUUGCACUGUGAGUAAGCCAACGCAGUAUGAUAUGGCAUGUUCUGUGCAGUACAUUAUGUAUAGAAUCAUAGUCACAGUCCUGUAUUGCCUGUGUAUCUCGCUUCCCCCUUUCUCUAUGUUGGGAAAUGAUUUUGCAGCAAGUUGUGGCACAAUUGGCCGGUGUGCGUGUCCAAUCAUGUGUGCUGUGCCUUGCUUUGUUGGCAAAUGCAUUGCUAUAUAUAGGGUUCUGACCGUCAGAUCGAUUUUCCCAAUGAUGUUGCGCAGUAUCAAAGUGAAUGUGAUGUCCCUGAUGUGCUGUGGAUUGCAGGGCUUGGUGGCGUUUGGUUGUUGUUGCGCGCUGUGCGGAUCUUGCAGAGCUUCAUGUUCUCUUGCACAAGAUGCUGCUUCUUGGCCUGGAGAGGAACUGAAGGGCCCCAUGGACGUGAAUUUGGCAGUGGAAGGAAUAGUUGUGGGCGUUGAGGGCGGGUGA